AGCACUAAGCACUCGUUAGCGCACCAGGCGUCUAGAGACUAAAAGUGCUGCCGUCACUGUAUCAUGAGUUCCGUCAUCAUGACCCCGGGCGAUGAGCCCGGAAAUCGCGGCCUGAUAUUUUGCAGAUUCCAUUCGCAGAAGGAAGCAAACAUUCGGAGGUGGGAAGACCUCGAGAGGAGAUGUCAAGCGAUGGACGAGUCCUCGAAUGCCAGAAUCGACGGCAUAGAUCUCACCUCCCUCCUCGAAGAUCUGGAGAUCGACGACGGCGGCGAUUGCGCCAGCGGCGGCAGCAUCGAUCACAGCGUCGUCGCAACGAUGUCGCCAAUAACAAUCUCUUCAGUGGUCGGCAGUGAAGGCGGCGACACUCCGACUCGGAACGGUUCUCAACGACGACGGAGCUUCCCGGUGGAAAGCGACGACCGCGAACGCCCUCGCACUCCCAAGAAGCAUGAUGAUAAUCUUCAUCAUCGUCACCAUGCAACUCCCCAGCUCGAUGACAGGCAGUACCGCCGGGCGACUCGCCACGCGGCUCCAGAAUCGCCCACGAUCGGGACAGGCGCUUCGUGCAUUUUUUCCUCCGGGUCGCUUAACAGUGCUACCGCCGGUGCGGGCGGUGGUAGUCCUCAAUCCACUCUAAGUCUACGGUCCUCUCAAAGCGAUUCGGCAAGUUCUGCCAUGAUGACGCACAGUGGCAGCGACGGGAGUAAUUAUCUUCUCGCGCAGAACGAAGGGGACUCGUUUGGCUCGACGCGCAGCGACGGGAGAGGCGGCGGGAGUGAUUGGAUUUACUCUGCCCCAGUACAUGGCUCUCCUUCGCUCCUUGGCGCUGCUCCAGCCUCCCCCUUCCGCUGGAGCGCGGUCCCUGCUGCAGCAUCGGGUGCUACUAAGUACAAGAAUGCUUCUGCUGCGGCGGGUGCCACUGCUGCCCAUGCGGCCGCUGCGACUGCUGCUGGAGGCUUUCCAGUGCAGGAAAUGGUGCCAGGAGUGGUGUUUUCAAGCCCACAGCACAUGCCUCACGCCGAAGCAGGCACAGCUUUGGACGUACAUCAUGGAGCAUCCCCAGAUCCAACAACGGCGAUGCUUCCCAGCCACUUUGCUGCUGCUGCUUCAGCUGCAGCGGGUGUUUCUGGGAUGGCCCGGCACGUCAGGAGCAACACGGGCAGCCCGAAAACAAUUUCCAUGUACGUCAUCAAAGGCGGGCAGACGGUGCCGUAUCGCAUCGGUCAGCAAGGGAAGAAUGGGUCGGAGACGAUGAGAGGGAUUAAGGGCGCAGGGGAAGGCCCACCAGAUCAGACACUCAGAGGGUUGGUGAAGGAUGUGAGAGGAGGGGUGGUGAAGGGCAAUAUAGGUGGUCCCACAUGGUCGGGGAAGCAAGCAGUCGAAGGAGGGAAGUCGCAAGUGAAGGUGAAGGCUGGUGCUAACCCUGCUGCUGUGGAGGCAUAUUUGAAGCUAAAAGCGCAGCAAGCAGGAAGGAAAUAAGAGAAGCAUUGCUGAGUUAGUGACGCUGU